CGGGGUCCGGGAUGCGGCGCUGGGAGGUGGCGGCGCUGCUGGACUGGGCUUACGGGGGGGUGGACCCCCGGUUCCCCGGUAACGGCGGCCCGGAGUGCGCCGCCUUCCUGCCGCCCGGACAGCGCGGGGCCGAGACGGCGGCAGUGCUCGGUGUGUGUCUCCUCCCGACCGCCGCCGCCCUCCGGAGGCUCCGCCGCCGACCGCUGCCCCUCCCCCUCCCCCGCCCCGGGGGGCAGGGCCUGGGCCCCGGUACCGGCUCCGGUCCCGAGCGGCUGCUGAUCGCCGCCCUCUGCCUCACCUUCGGGAUCGAAGUGGGUUUCAAGUUCGCGACCAGAACCGUCAUCUUCCUCCUGAACCCGUGUCAUGUGGUCACCGCCAUCCAGAUCUUUCUCCUUGUCUGGCCUCCCGGCAGAGUUGCUCUGAUCGUCUUCAGGCUGCAGAUGCACAUGCUGAAUGGAGCUUUGCUGGCACUACUGUUCCCUGUAGUUAACACCAGGCUGCUCCCCUUCGAGUUGGAGGUGUAUUAUAUCCAGCACAUCAUGUUGUACAUCGUACCAAUCUACCUGCUUUGGAAAGGAGGUGUGUAUAAACCUGAGCCGUUGGGUGACCUUUGGUGGGCUGUUCUCUCCACCGGCCUCCUCUUCCUGUAUCAUUUUAGCUUUCUACAGAUCCUGGCUCUGAUGACGGAAGUCAAUCUGAACAACAUGCUGUGCCCUGCCGUGUCAGACCCCUUCUAUGGCCGCUGGUAUAGGAUUUGGGCAUCGGGGCAUCAGGCCCUGAUGACGAUGACCCACGGGAAGCUAGUCACCCUCUUGUUCUAUGCGGUGGCUCCUGCCUACAGGUACCUGGUGGACAUGGUCAAGCUUCCAAUCAAGAAAAUACUGUGAAAUGAUUAUCACUGGACUUACCUGGUGAGAAUUGUGUGUGUACAUGAGGGGAGGUAUAGACAACUUCUUUUAAAUUGGCCAUUAUGUUAUUGCUGGCAAAAUAGUGGCCUUAAGGGAUCUUUAUCUAAUAUCAUCGUGUACGUAAUUGAAAAAAGUGUUCUUUACAAUUAAUUUUUUAGUUUUUAAGAGGAUCUGGAAAAAAAGUUAAAGCAUAGAAACAAGUUAGUCAAUUCCUCUUCUCCAGCCCUCAAUCUCCGUGGUGUAUAUACACACCUUGCAAAGUAUUCAUUAAAGACAAAAUCAAAUAUUAAUUAUAUACCGUCUCCUCCCCCACCACCAAACACACAAAGUAUGGGGGGGGGGGGGGGGGGGGGAAUGGGGGAGAGAAGAGAGAGUGCAUCACAUUAGUGUUUGAUUUUGAUG